GUUCAGAGAAGGGGGGGGGGAAAGCGACGCAUGAGAGCGACGCUUGCAGCUGAUGUACCGCUGGCUCAAAAAUGGAGAGCGACACCACAGUCAGAAGAAUAAAACCCUUCGGGGUACAGAAUUAUUCAGCGCAAGAUAACGACGGUUCCCGAGACCAGUGCGGCGAAAACGGCCACAACGGGGACCCGGAGAGGAAGCCGGUGAGCAUGUACCUGCUGCGGGAAGGGCUGGCAGCUUCCCUGGUCUCUGUGUUUAUUUUGGUGCUGUGGGGACUUGUUCAUUUGUCGUUACAGCAGCUCAUCAUCGGGAAGCCGACCGGCGACUUCAACGCACUGAGAGCCAGACGGCACUUGGAGCAGAUCACCAGCGUCGGGCCUCGUCCGGUGGGCAGCCCGGAGAACGAAGUCCUGACGGUGGGCUAUUUGUUGGAGCAGAUUGAGAACAUCCGGGUGGAAACCGCAGCGGGCCACCACCAGGUCACCGUAGAUGUGCAGCGUCCCACCGGCACUUUCUCCAUCGACUUUCUCGGAGGCUUCACCAGCUUCUACGACCGUGUCACCAACGUUGCCGUCCGGCUCGAGCCCAAAGGUGGAGCGCAGCAUCUCAUGCUCGCCAACUGCCACUUCGACACCGUGGCCAACAGUCCAGGUGCCAGUGAUGACGCAGUGAGCUGUGCAGUUAUGCUGGAAGUCCUCCAUUCUAUGGCCAACCAGUCUACUCCUCUUCUUCAUGGAGUUGUCUUUCUCUUCAAUGGGGCAGAGGAAAACAUCCUUCAGGCCAGUCACGGUUUCAUUACUCAGCAUCCGUGGGCCAAGCAGGUGCGAGCCUUUAUUAACUUGGAGGCGGCGGGCGUUGGGGGCAAGGAGUUUGUUUUUCAGACAGGGCCGGAGAACCCGUGGCUGGUCCAGGCCUACGUUCAUGCAGCCAAACACCCCUUUGCCUCUGUGGUCGGCCAGGAGGUCUUUCAGAGUGGCAUCAUCCCCUCUGACACUGACUUCCGCAUCUACAGAGACUUCGGUAACAUCCCAGGCAUUGAUCUGGCUUUCAUUGAAAACGGUUUCAUCUAUCACACCAAGUACGACACUUCUGACCGGAUCCUGACAGACUCGAUACAGAGAGCUGGCGACAACAUCCUGGCGGUCCUGAGGUAUCUGGUGAUGUCAGAGAAGCUGGCAAAUUCCUCAGAGUAUCGUCAUGGAAACAUGGUCUUUUUUGACCUGCUGGGGGUCUUUGUGGUGGCCUACCCGGCCCGCGUCGGCACCAUCCUGAACUACAUGGUAGCCGCAGCCACCUUUCUCUAUCUGGCCAAGAAAGCCUCACUACCCGGCAACCGGGGUGGGCGGUAUCUUCGGGAUCUGGCCUACGCCACCGGCGUCGUGGUCUUGAGUUGGUUCGUCACCCUGAUGUCGGUGCUGAUCGUCGCUCUGCUCGUCACUCUGCUGGGCAGCUCCAUGUUCUGGUACUCCCACUUCUACGCCUCAAUCUGCCUGUAUGGCUCUGCUGCCAUGGGCAAGAUCAUCCUCAUUCACACGCUGGCCAAGAACUUGUACUACGGCGGCGUCCGUCUGGUGGAGCUGGGCGACCUCUACUUCGACGUGAGCUUGUUGCUGUGGUGCUGCGGCCUGGUGUGGAUGACCCAGCAGGGCCUGUGCUCGGCCUACGUGCCCAUGCUGCUGGUGGCCUUCCCCCUGGCCACCAAGCUGCUGCUGGCAAAAGAAUUUAAACAUCGAGGAGCAUCACUGAAGUACAGUGUGCUCUAUCUGUCGGGCCUGACGUUGCCCUACGUCCACUUCAUGUUCCUCAUCUGGGUGGUGUUUGAGAUUUUCACUCCCAUCAUGGGGCGCAGUGGUACCGAGAUCCCCCCCGAGGUGGUGAUGGCCACCCUGGUCACCCUGGCAACCAUCUUCAUCUCCUCCUACUUUCUGCACUUCAUCUACUUGGCCCGCAGCACCAAGUGGAUCCUGGCGGGUCUGGGCUCAGUCUUCAUCAUCACGUUCCUGUUUGUGUCCUGCGGCCUCCUCUUCCCCUUUUCAGGCAGUCCAGAGAGACCGCGGCCAAAACGACUCUUCCUGCAGCAUACAACACGGACCUUCCACGAUCUCCAGGGCCAUGUGGAGAGCCACGACUCGGGUCUGUGGAUCAACAGCUUCGACUUCACGUGCAUUCAGCACAUCACGCCCCACAUCCCCGAGAUCAACGACAGCCUUCGCACCAGCUGCCGAGAGGACCGCCCCUUCUGCGGUUACCCCUGGUUCCUCCCCAUCAAGUUCCUCAGCAAGAAGAACUGGUACCUUCCUGCUCCAGAAGUGUCUCCCAGCGCUCCAGUCGAGUUCAGCCUGCUGUCCAGAGAGGAGACGAGAUGGGGGACGGUCAAGAUGACCUUCAGUGUGAAAGGUCCCAGCCACAUGUCCCUCUACCUGAUGCCUCAUCGGGGAGCCAGCCUCUCCACCUGGUCCUUUGGGGACGGGACCCCUCGGUUUGACCUCAGCGGGGAAUAUUUUGUCUUCUAUUCCCACGGCCUCGACGCCCCCACAUGGAUCUUCUGGUUUGAGAUACAGCCUCCCAGGGACCCGGACCCUUCAGGCCCCGAGGGGAUGAUAUCCGUCGCCGUCUCCACCCACUAUUUCUUCGGGGAAGACAGUCGGACUGCUCAACUGGAGGAAAUCCUCCGCAAGUUCCCCUCAUGGGUUUUUCCUUCAUCUUGGGUCAGUACCUACGACAUGUACCGAUACUGAGGACGCCACACACACACACACACACACUCGCCGAGGCCGGCGCCCGGAAGUACCGAGGGGUUGCCGGGUUCCCCAGAGACGGACAGAAAAGAUUUGAAGGAACAAUACCGAGGAUGAGCCCUGCCACCUUUUCUCUCUAAACGCACGCUUCGACACGCCCGCCCGAGACCUCCGUCACUGUCAGCCGGCUUCGUAGCUAACGGGGCAGGAGGCCGCGGCGGGAGGGGCCGGAGGGAAGCGGAUCACACGGCUUACAAGCCGACCGACUCGACGACCCACGCCACAAGCCUCGCGCUCGCUGCUGCGAUAGCGAAACAAAGGGGUCACGUUUCUUCUUUUUUUUUUUAUUACUCUUGUGCCUUUGCUUCACUCGAACCGUCUCACUUCCCCUCCUCACCCUCAAUCUGACUCACUUCCUCUUGUUCUUCUUCCCUCCUGCUUCCCGAAUGAAUAAUGUGGCGUCCCCUGCUCUCUCUCUCUCUCACUCUCUCUCAGCAAACCACUCGGGGCUCUUCUCAUACUCGAUGCGUCACUGGCUGACUCGGCAGAAAUUGCACCUCUACUCUCCGCACUGCGGGUGCACUUAAUGUACUGAUGGAUCCGUUUGGAAGGGAAACGUCUUUUAGUUUGAACCGUCGUCCGACUUGUAAAGCAAGUCGUACCGCCUGUGCUUUAAUCGUCAGAAUCUGGCACGCGGAGGCAGGAAACUGUUAGAAUCCAAACGUCAACGUGUUCAAACGGCUUCACUUUCCUGAAUGUUUUCAGGGCCAUUUUGACUUUUUUUCCCGCCUGACGCGUUCAAGCACAUGUGUAUUGAUUUGGGGCUCGAUCAGACGAGAACCUCACAGGGAACUUUUUUUAUUUAUUUAAAGUGACAAACAGUUGUGCCAAGAACGAAGAGACGUGACCAUCUGACCGGCCCGUCUGACCGAGUGCUCUGGCCCCCUCAGUCACCACUACCUCCUCCAGAGAGAGAACGCUAUUAAAAAAGAAAGAAUACUCCUGUAAAGACUGAGAAUGUUACUUGGAAAUAUUAAAGUCAUUUAGAGAGAUUAGUUUUGAUAGAUUAUAAAGCAUCAUCACGUUCCUCUGUCCCGUGAUGAAAACCAGCCGAGGGACCGUCCCUGCGUCCAGUCUCACACAAACGUCAGUUACUUGUUGUCCGUUGGACUCCGCCUCCUGUGUGAAAGGCGGCAUCAGGUGGGAAAGACUUGGGAGAUCAACUGAGCAACAUCAACUUUGUUGCCCCCGGUGACGUGUUGUCGUGAUCCGUGUGGUCCGUUUGGCUUCGGUGCCGACAUGGAGGCCUUAACAUUUUGCUUCCAAACACACACACACUCAAUGUUUACUGUUGUGGACACAGAUGUCUUAGUGGUGCUCAAGCGAUCAGGUGCUGCACUGUACAGUUUAUGUACAUGAAUUGUUGUCUGUUGGAAAGUGUCAACUUAACAAUCCAUCACAGCCUUCGACAACACGUCAACAGGUCGGCCUCAUAUUCUCCUUUUUAUGCACAAUGGGAGACUUGAAGUCGCCUCCUCUGCGUCUGCUGAGGAAGACGACGGAUACAAUUGAAAGCAGCCACAUGACGGGGCGUUAAGAGGCCACCCGAGUUUCUAACUAACCAUUUCAAGUCGUCGCAGAAAUCUGAGCAUAUUUAGUUUGGUUUAUAGUGAUAACGUGAAUCGGGACGACAGUAGUUGAAAAACAAGGCGUUUGUUUUUUAUAAAAGCACGAAGAUGGGAGGAACUGUAAAUGUGGGACGGCCAGGAGGAGAAUAAACGCUGUGAAAGGACUCAUUAACGACGGUGCGCCAACUAAAACCAACUCCUUUGAGAUCUACGUUCAUUUUAAUUGUUUAAGACAAAAUCUUAAUGUAUUAUUGUAACUCAGUGCACACAACAAAUAAGAAGUUUAACUGAAAUCUAUUCUGGGAUACAUUGGAAUGUCUUAAUGCCUGUUUAAGGAUGUCAAUUUUCUUUACUUUUUUUUAAAAGUUACUUACCUGAAUUGAAUCACCCAUGCCUUUAACUGUUAAGUUUGUGUGUUUUUUUUAAAGACACUUUCUUUUGAUUAAUUUCGCAAUUUAAUUAAACUGUUCGGCAUUUUUUUAAUUGCAUAUUUGUCUUGUCAAUAUGAAUAUGGUGAUUGAUCUGGUAGCAGGGUAUCUAUUGAUGAUGUGAUUUAACAUGCAAAAAGCUUGAAUUAAAUGAGCACUUUACAGCAA